UCAAUGUCUUCUCUUUCCCCAUAAUUUCAUUAACAAAUUUGAUUCAUCCAUUAGAAGAAUUCUGAUCCGAAUUUGACUGCUCCUAGGCUGUCUCGACUUCCCCCACUAUAAAUUCAAACCUCACAACGGCGUCGUUCGCAUCUCAAACUUUUCCCCCUUCUUAAUAAUCAAUUUCCGAUUUGGGGUUUUUCCUGGGAAUUGAUUCUUACAGGCACUGCUGCUGCAAUAAUGGCGACGAGGAACGUGGAGAAGAUGGCGUCGAUCGACGCUCAGUUGAGGCUUUUGGCUCCUGGGAAGGUGUCCGAAGACGACAAGCUUGUUGAGUACGAUGCCCUGCUUUUGGACAGGUUUCUCGACAUUCUUCAGGAUUUACACGGCGAGGAUCUCCGAGAAACGGUGCAAGAAUGUUACGAGCUGUCGGCGGAGUACGAAGGCAGCCAUAAUCCCGACAAGUUGGAGGAGCUCGGGAGUGUGCUGACAAGCUUGGAUCCCGGCGAUUCGAUUGUCCUGGCGAAAGCAUUUUCUAACAUGCUUAACCUGGCCAACUUGGCCGAGGAGGUCCAAAUUGCGCAUCGUCGUAGGAACAAGAAGAAGAAAGGAGAUUACACUGAUGAGAGCUCGGCUACAACCGAGUCGGACAUCGAAGAGACUCUCAAGAGACUUGUGGUGGACUUGAAGAAAUCCCCCGAGGAAGUUUUUGAUGCAUUAAAGAAUCAGACAGUCGACCUCGUCUUCACUGCUCAUCCGACUCAGUCUGUCCGGAGAUCGUUGCUCCAGAAGCACGGCAGAAUUCGAGAUUGCUUGGCUCAGUUGUACGCUAAGGACAUAACUCCGGACGACAAGCAGGAGCUCGACGAGGCGUUGCAGCGAGAGAUUCAAGCGGCUUUCCGCACGGACGAGAUCCGGAGGACUGCUCCUACUCCCCAAGACGAAAUGAGGGCCGGGAUGAGUUAUUUCCAUGAAACGAUCUGGAAAGGCGUCCCCAAGUUCCUACGACGUGUCGAUACGGCGCUGAAGAACAUCGGGAUUAAAGAGCGUGUCCCGUACAAUGCGCCGCUGAUCCAAUUCUCUUCUUGGAUGGGGGGAGACCGCGACGGCAACCCGAGGGUCACCCCCGAGGUUACGAGGGAUGUUUGCUUGUUGGCGCGAAUGAUGGCCGCAAACUUGUACUAUUCUCGGAUCGAGGAUUUAAUGUUCGAGUUGUCCAUGUGGCGUUGCACCGAUGAGCUCCGACUACACGCGGAGGAGCUUCACCGUUCUUUGAAGAAAGAUUCGAAGCAUUACAUUGAGUUUUGGAAAUCGAUUCCUCCGAACGAACCCUACCGCGUCAUUCUUGGAGAUGUUCGCGACAAGCUCUAUCAAACGCGUGAGCGCUCUCGUCAACUGCUCGCUCAGGGGACUUCCGACAUCCCGGAAGAAGCUACUUACACCAGCAUUGAUCAGUUCUUGGAACCUCUCGAGCUCUGCUACCGUUCUCUCUGCACUUGCGGAGAUGGGCCAAUAGCCGACGGAAGCCUUCUAGAUUUUCUCCGGCAAGUGUCGACAUUCGGGCUCUCGUUUGUCCGCCUCGACAUAAGGCAAGAAUCGGACAGGCACACCGACGUUCUCGACGCCAUAACCAAGCAUUUGGACAUCGGCUCGUAUCGUGACUGGUCUGAAGAUCGCCGCCAGGAAUGGCUCCUCGCCGAACUCAACAGCAAACGGCCCCUCUUCGGAUCGGACCUCCCCAAGACCGAAGAGAUCGCUGACGUUCUCGACACGUUUGCCGUCCUCGCCGAACUCCCGUCCGACUGCUUCGGCGCGUACAUCAUUUCGAUGGCCACCGCCCCAUCCGACGUGCUGGCCGUUGAGCUUCUCCAACGCGAGUGCCAUGUCAAGCACCCGCUGCGAGUCGUCCCGCUCUUCGAGAAGUUGGACGAUCUCGAGGCGGCACCGGCAGCCGUAGCGCGGCUCUUCUCCGUCGACUGGUACAAGAAUCGGAUCAACGGGAAGCAAGAAGUCAUGAUCGGGUACUCGGACUCGGGGAAAGACGCCGGCCGGCUAUCGGCUGCUUGGCAACUCUACAAGGCUCAAGAAGAGCUCAUCAAAGUCGCGAAGGAAUACGGUGUAAAGCUCACGAUGUUCCACGGUCGCGGUGGGACCGUUGGACGAGGAGGCGGCCCGACUCACCUCGCCAUUUUGUCGCAACCGCCGGAAACCAUUCACGGCUCCCUCCGCGUCACCGUUCAAGGCGAAGUCAUCGAGCAAUCGUUCGGCGAGGAGCACUUGUGCUUCCGGACACUCCAACGUUUCACGGCCGCGACGUUAGAACACGGGAUGCAUCCGCCCGUGGCGCCCAAACCCGAAUGGCGCGCCCUUCUCGAUGAAAUCGCCGUCAUCGCCACCAAGGAGUACCGGUCCGUUGUCUUCCAAGAGCCUCGCUUCGUCGAGUAUUUCCGCUUGGCCACACCGGAGCUAGAGUACGGUCGAAUGAACAUCGGGAGCCGUCCGUCGAAGAGGAAACCGAGCGGAGGCAUCGAAUCUUUAAGAGCAAUUCCAUGGAUCUUCGCGUGGACGCAGACGAGAUUUCAUCUCCCAGUGUGGCUGGGGUUCGGUGCGGCGUUUAAGUACGCGAUACAAAAGGAUGUCCGGAACCUCAAAAUGCUGCAAGAAAUGUACAACCAAUGGCCCUUCUUUAGAGUGACGAUCGAUUUGGUCGAAAUGGUGUUCGCCAAGGGCGAUCCCGGGAUUGCUGCUCUCUACGACAAACUUCUCGUUUCCGAAGACUUGUGGUCGUUCGGGGAACGGCUGAGGGCCAACUAUAACGAGACGGAGUCUCUUCUCCUACAAAUCGCCGGACACAAAGACCUUCUAGAAGGGGACCCGUACUUGAAGCAACGGUUGCGGCUGCGCGAUUCUUACAUCACAUCCUUAAACGUGAGCCAGGCGUACACUCUGAAGCGAAUCCGCGAUCCCAACUACCAUGUGAAGCUGAGGCCGCACAUUUCGAAGGAGUACGAGGAGUCAAAGCCGGCGGCCGAGCUGGUGAAGCUGAACCCGACGAGCGAGUACGCGCCGGGAUUGGAGGACACCCUUAUCUUGACCAUGAAAGGUAUUGCUGCGGGAUUACAGAACACUGGUUGAAACGAUCCAUCUUUUCUUAUAUGUUUUUUGAAAUUGCUACGACAUAAAAAAUGUCGGGUUUUGUUUUUUCCAUAAUGUGGGAACCUGCCGUCACUAUUCUUUGAGUGCACGUUGCGUAGACCCCGGAUCGAACGAAUUUGUUGUGUGUUCUUGUUCGAUUGAUGUGUUCGAAUUUUAAUUAUGUGUAUCCAAUCUUGUCUUGUUAAUUACCAUUGAUGUAAUGGUGAUUCUGUCCUCUGUUUUUGGGUUAGGGAAUCAUCAUCAAUUUGUGUUCA